AUGGCCGCAAGGAGGCGGCUGCUCAACCACCCGGCGCUGCAGUACGGGCUGGGCAACAUCCGCCGGGUCAGCCGCGACGCCCAGGUCGCCGCCGGCUUCCAGACCCAGCUCAACAUUAUCCCCCAAGCCCGCCCCCUCGCCGCCGAUUCGGCCGUACUUCGGAUGGAGGAAGCCUUCGAGGUCGACGCGCAGUUCGCCCUAUCCUUGAACUGCCUCCUCCACGCCAACAACAGGGUCGUCUUCGAGGCCGACUUUGACCCGGUAACGUUGCCCGCGAGCCAGAUGCGGAGGAUAUUCCGGCAGUUUGUCUUCACGCUCUCGUGGCUGUUGAGAGUGCCGAGGGAGACCACGACGAUCAGACAGUUCUCGCCGCUGAACCCGGGAGAUUUGUCGGAAAUCCUGGAUUGGAACCGAAACGUGCCGGACUCCUCGGACGAGUGUCUGCACAACCUCUUCAAGGCUCGGGCCCGGCAGCAAUCGUCGGCCCCGGCCGUGGUCGCCCCGGAUGGAACGCUGACGUACGCCGAGCUGGACGACAUGUCUGACAGGCUGGCUCAUCACCUCCGUCUUCGAGGAGUCGGUCCGGAGAAGAAGGUCCCUCUGCUGUUUGGGAAGACGAUGUGGUCCAUCGUGUCAUUCCUGGGUGUGAUGAAGGCUGGAGGCGUCUGCGUCCCGAUGGAUCCGUCUCAUCCACGCCGGCGAAUACAGGACAUCAUCACGAGAUGCCAUGCCUGUUUGGUUUUAACGUCGAAACACACGGAGGCUAUCGUCGUGGACUACAUACCAACACCCGCGGUCGAACACUUCACCGUCAGCGCGGAGUCGCUCGGGGCUCUCCCCAGUCAUACAUCCUUGCUCCUCCCACAGGAAGAAGAACCUUCACCGGCGAACGCUGCGUACAUCCUCUUCACCAGCGGGAGCACCGGGAACCCCAAAGGCGUCGUCCUCGAGCAUCGAAACCUGGCUUCCACGCUCACCCACUACGGCAGGCGGGUGGGCUGGGAAGCGAGCGGCGGCUGUCGCGUGCUCCAGUUCUCCUCCUUCGUGUGGGACACGCAUACCCUCGAGGUCUUUGGCACGCUGCUCUGGGGCGGUUGCGUGUGCAUGCCCUCCGAGGCCCAGCGGGCCGACCUCGAAUCCUUCAUCCACGACAAGGCCGUCGAAUGGGUCAUCCUGACGCCCACCGUCCUCCGGACGCUCGACGCGCAUGCGCCCGAGGUGGCCACUGUGAGGACGGUCGUGUCGUGUGGCGAGCCCGUAGACCUCUCCGCGGUGCGCAACUGGAGCAGCAGCCCUUCACGCCGCUUCAUCAACGAGUACGGACCCUGCGAGGUCUCCGGGCGCUGUACUCUGACGGAACUGACCACACAUUCGCCCUUUCUCGAGAGUGUUGGCAAGCCCGUGGACUGUGCCGUGUGGAUUGUGUCGCUACAAGACCCGACACAACUGGCCCCUAUCGGCACGAUAGGCGAGAUCAUCGUCCAAGGGCCCGGCGUCGCUCGGGGGUAUCUUGAUGAUGAGGCCCUCACGACGGCUUCCUUUGUCUCCCGACCCUCAUGGCUUCCUCCAGAUCAGCCACGUUGUGACAGGGCCCGUCGCUUUUAUUGCACCGGCGAUACGGCACGGUACAACGCAGACGGAAGCAUGACAUUUACUGGAAGACGAGACGGGCAAGUCAAGAUUCGAGGCCAGCGGUUCGAGCUCGGAGAAGUGGAACGGGCACUCGUCCGCUCGGCGGGCGUUCGCGAGGCCAUCGCCUGCGUCCAGCCAUGGCGUGAUAGUGGCAGCACUCUCACUGCUGUGCUGUCUCUGGACGAUACAGAGACAGAACUCGAGGGCGGCACAGGAGAACAUCCUCUGAGGCAGGUCUCCAUGCCUACGGGCUAUGAUCUCCCCCGGCGGCUUAGGGAUAUCAGGGACGACGUGGCCGCCCUCCUCCCCUCGUACAUGGUGCCCGAGGCCUGCUUGGUAGUGCAAGGCAUGCCCUUGACGACGUCGGGGAAACUCGAUCGCACAUCAGUCAUCACCUGGGUCCAGUCGCAAGACAUGGAGGCGGCACGAGCUGCCUUCCAGCCUGCGUCCGCCGCCGACGUGUUGACGGCACCAGCGUCUGACCGCGAGAAGCUGUUGCGUUCGGUCUGGGCUUCCGUGUUGGAUAUACCCGAGCAGGAAAUCGGACGUGAAAGCAACUUCCUGGCCCUCGGGGGAGACAGUAUCGCCGCCAUGCGAGCAGCCAAUCUUCUCCGCAAACGCGGUCUUGUUGUGCCUCUACAGGCCCUGGUCCAAAGCUCCAACCUCGCUGCGACGACGGAUCACUGUGAGGCCGUCACGGAGUUGCCCAGGCCAGCCGCCGGCCCUCUUCAACCCGAUGACACGCCUGCGGUCCAAGAUGUUCGGGUUGAAGGGUUUGCCAGUACCGAUAUCGAAGCCGUUGCCGAGGCAACAGACGCGCAGGCGUCCAUGGUCGCGCUGGGAGAGUUGGACCCCCAUGCGUUGGUAUUGAAGACCGGCCUGGUGUUCGAGCGAGGCGUGGACAGAACCCGGAUCGAGCACGCGUGCCGACAAGUCCUGCAGCACCACGGGAUCCUGCGGACGGUUUUCGUUCAGAGGGGACCUAAGCUUUAUCAGGUUGUUCUGAAGCGCCCGGCCGACUCGCAGAUCCAGCCAGACUGUGAAGACGGGUCGAAUCGUCAGCACGACGAUAUCCUGACACGGUUCUACGUCGCCUCCGACAGCCAACACUGCUGCUGCUACCGCCUCCGCCUCGAGAUCCACCACGCCCUGUACGACGCCGUAUCCCUGGACCUGGUGUGGAAAGACGUCGCGGCUGCGUAUGCCGGGCGGAAGCUCUCUGACGGAACGUCGUUUCUCGAAUGGGCCGGCCGGCUCGCCCGGCUGGAUCACUCACGAGCGAAGCGGUUCUGGAGAGAGGCGCUGCAGGGUUCUCGCCUGACGUACCUGGUGCCGCCGCGGCAGGCUCCCGGGACGAUCAGGCAGGUCACGCUCCAGGUCCCUCUCCGGUCGCUCGAGGUGCCCGGCGUGACGACCGCGAACCUCUUCGCGGCCGCCUGGGCCUUGGUGAUGGGCCGCGAGGCCGGCACGCAGGAUGUCGUCUUUGCCGAAAUCCUCGCCAACCGCUACAGCCCGUCGGUCGACAUGGACCAGGAAACCGUCCUUGGGCCGUGCAUGAACACCAACCCCGUGAGGGCUCGGUUCGACUCGAGCAUGACUUUCGUCUCGGUGGCUACCCGGCUGCAGGAGCAGUCCCUUGCCGCCGCCCCGUUUGCCUACCUCGGUUACCGGACGAUUCAAAAAGACUGCACCGAUUGGCCUUUGAACAGUCUUUUUGGGUCCGUGGUCAACUUCCAGAGCCCCAGAGCUGGAGUUGUUGGAAAGCAAACCGACCGACAUCAGUCCAUGGACGUCCAAGGCACGUACCGGUUCCCCAAGCCCAGUUCAGGAGAGACCGGUGCCGGCGGUCUCUUCCACCACGUCGCCUUGCGCGAGCCAGGACCCUUUAGACGAGGCUCCUGA